CGUCCAGUGAGUUGCACGCGAGGUGGAUUAUGUGCGCGUUUCGAGUCCGCGAUUAAACACGAUCGAAGAAUCGCGCGUAUUCCACCGAACGAAACAAUAAUUUCCGGUGUUCAAUACGCUAAACCACGAAACGUUACUUGUCAAUGAGACGCCGGUCUUGUCUAGAAAUCGUGCUGGAUCAAACACGGAAGAGGGGCGGCGAAAAACACGGUCGAGCGAUCUAAGAAUGGCAUAGAGAAUCAAUUGAUCGGCAGCAUGUGCUAUGUGAUAGUCACUGGACGCAGUCUGUUAUGGACUCUCUUAUCUCUGGCAGCGUUGAUGGCAGUUUUAUCAGGCCUCAUCACUCCUAGAUGGCUUGUAGGACCACCGACUAUUAAGGACACAAAAAACGGCACGGAACUAUAUACACCAACCGUUGGGAUCUUCAAUCGUUGUACGAGAUUAUUCGGCAAGACGCACUGCGCGAAUUUCAACGUCGACGGCUUUGCGACGGACUCCAACGUCUUCCCGGGAUGCUGGAAGGCGUCCCUGUUUUUCCUGUCCGCGGGCCUGGCGGCGAUGUCGGUGACCGUGAUAGCCGCCCUGCUCGGAUGCUGCGUGCAGAGCAUCGGCCGCAAGAGCAUCUUCAAUCUGGCGGGAGUGGCGCAAGCCGUUGCCGGAAUACUAUAUCUUUUUGGGAUGAUUCUGUAUCCUGCCGGUUGGGGUGCUGAGAGAGUACAGAGGAUCUGCGGCCCCGAAGCCGAUGCCUUCUAUCUCGCAAACUGCAGUCUUGGUUGGGCGUUUUAUAGCGCGGCGAUCGGUGUCACUCUCACCUUCGUCUGCGCCGCUUUUAGCGGACAGGCGGAGAAAUCGACGGCCAGUGACAAGGUCCAGGACAAAAUGAACGAAGGAAAGACCCUAAUAUGCUUAGCCUGAGCAUGCAAAUAAAAUC